AUUUUGGAGUUAGACUGCUUAAUUAAAUAGUUUGCCGUGAAGGUAUUACGCUCCCUGAACGUAGAAUACUUAAUCUGAUGACCCCCAAUGGAGAACAUCUGAAAAAAGGACUCUUCAGCAUCUCCAUCCACAGGAAAGCGGCUCGGCCAGACAGACAACACGACUUGGAGAUAAUUCUCAUCUUUCAGCGAUGGCUAUCAACACUGAUGCUGCCUUUGGGAAAAGCGCCCUUGGCGAAAGGGAAGCUUCCAACCCCACCGACUUCCAGGACACAGAGAAGCUGCUGAGCACCGCGACCACGGAGCCCACCGGGCAGAGCAACAUCAAACCAUCCGACUCUUUCUCCCUCAACAUCAGAGGAAGCAUCCGGUCCCUGGACGCGGACCAGAACGGACACAAAUCGCCGCUGAAGUCGGGCUCCGUCGGGCAGCUGCCGACCCCACCCAAGUCCACGUCCCGGCUCAGCCUGGGCCCGAUGCCCUCCCCGGUGCCACCUGGGUCCCAACCCGAGAGUUACCUCUGGCUCGCCGUGCUGUCCUGUUUCUGCCCCGCCGUGCCGCUCAACAUAUGCGCCUUGUGGUACGCACAUGUGUCGAGGUCUGUUCGCCACACAGGAGAUUUUGCAGUAGCGAGGAAGUAUGGUCGUCUAUCUAUGCUGUUCAGCAUUCUGGCAAUGCUGCUGGGUGUGGCUGUGAUCCUGUUCACAGUGUUUUCAAUAGAGCUCCAGUGAUGGAAAGUGUUUCCUGUAACUUCAUCUGAUCUCAAAUUUGCACUUGAGCGAGAGGAGGAGGAGGAGGACGGAUGUCAUUUUGAAGAGAAAAAAAGCACAAAAUCUGAGUUGAA